UCUCGCUGUUACAGGUUCCUUGUUGGCCCAUUUAUACUUAUACUAGCCAUUUUUCAUUAAAUUCCAAGUGAAUACCGGUCUGUAUCCCCAUUCUGCGGCAGCAUAACCGGAACCAUGGCGGAAAGAACUCCGAAAUACCGCCAGGAGAUUCAACAGAUGAUGUUUGUCUCUGGGGAGACUGCAGAACCAUCUGUGGAGACCACGAGUUUGAUUGAAGAAAUCGUUCGCCAGCAAGUCAUUGAAAUGCUCAUUCGAAGCACUGCUCUAGCGGCCCGUCGCGGCGUGAGAUCUAUUUCAACUGAUGACCUUUUUUUUCUUAUACGCCAUGAUAAAGCCAAGGUCUCGCGAUUGAAGACUUUCCUGUCGUGGAAGGAUGUUCGCAAGAAUGUGAAAGAUUCUGAUGACAAAGGCGGAGCUGACGCAGCGGAUUUUGGUGCCGGAGACGACCCGCUUGCGGGAGCUGCUCAAGACGUUGCUGCCAAACCGAAAACAAAACGCGCAAAAAUCGGCCUUCCAUGGGACCUUAAUAACCUUUACUCUGUACAGGUUCCUGAACGUGAGGACGAAGAAGAUGAGGAGGAAGAAGAACAGAAUUAUGCCACUCUUCAGCGUCUUGCGAAUGCAGAUGAACGGACUAAGAACAUGACCCGCGAAGAAUACGUUUUUUGGUCCGACUGCCGACAAGCAUCUUUCACUUUCCGCAAAGCCAAGCGUUUUCGCGAAUGGGCCGGGUUUGGUAUCGUGACAGACUUUAAACCGAACGAUGACAUUGUUGAUAUUUUGGGCUUUCUCACCUUUGAAAUUGUUCAGACAUUGACAGAAGAGGCUUUAAAAGUCAAGGAACAGGAAGAUCGUGGCAAGAAGGGACGUGGAGGUUCUGAAGAUGGAGGAGAGAAAAGCAAGAAGCGCAAGCGAGAGACAGGGCUGUUUGAUCCCCCUGAAGAGGGAAGAACCCCCAUUGAGCCUAGACACGUCCACGAAGCGUUCCGCAAGCUUCAGGCCACCUCGAAUAAGGCUGUCGCUAUGUUAUUGCAUGGAGGCCGCGCCCCCGUUCGCACACCAUUGAGAUUGAUUUGAUGCUACAUGCGGAAAGGUUUAGGUUCUGGAGCCGGAGUUCAAUGGGCGAGGAUUACUUUUGACAGGUGGUCUACUAGAAUUGGGAAUGGGAGAUACCCUCGGAGUUCGCGGAUCGGUUAGUCCUACUGUAAACCGGAUCGGUUGACUAUGUGAUUUGAAUCAACAGUUUAUCAGUUU